GUGCAAACAUUGAUCACCACUGCAGUUUUUCCCUGACGUAGCCCCAUCCAUCCCCAAUCCAUUUUUUCUUCACCCUCUGCACCACUCCAAGACAACGUAACCCAUCCAUUGGAAUCCCAGUGUCUACGACAGAUGUUGUUGAUCCCAUGAAGCCAUAGCACACAACACAAAACACACAAACACACAACACUCCCAAACAUGGCAGACAACACCCCCAGCCUCGAGUUCCCGUGCGCCCUGACGAUAGACGUGCCCUUCCCGACGGCCAGGCUAGCCUCGGUGGCGCUAGGCGCGCUGGCCGUGGACAAGGAGCUGUCGCCCCUGGUGCACCGUUCCUUCUCCACCGUCGUCGCCGAGUCGCAACAACAACAACAACAUGAUGAAGAGGCCGAGAAGACGGUGCUCCGCACCGAGUACUCUGCCGCUACCAACCGCAUGCUCCGUGUGGCCGUCAACUCGUUCAUGGACAGCCUGAGCCUGGUCCUCGAGGUGAUGGAGCAGCUCGACGUCGACGUGCUGGAGACGACGCUGGCCAAGAAGGCUACGUAGGGAGGAGAGGGGAGGG